AUGGCUUAUUCUAAUCCAGAAUGUAUAGUUCCCGCACUACCCUUCUUGAUGACCAGUUAUCAAUCAAGUGAGGAAGAUGAACGUAGAGUUAAGCACGCAAUGCAAUUAUGGAUGAAUCGUGUGUCAAAGAGCCCUGUAUUGUGUCAUGACGAGGAGCUGAGGUCGUUUAUAGAAACUGAUUUUGCUUUUGUUCCCGCCACUAAACCACGAAAGCAAAGCGGCAGUUUCAGAUUUAAGUUUUCAUCUGAUAUAAAGGAUAACGAUUUAAAAUUGGUCCAAGCCAAGUCUAUUGUGCAUAAACUUGAGGGUCAUUUUCUAGAAACGGCCAAAGCAGCUCAGAAAAUGGCGAGGUCUCGGAAAGGAUUAUCUGUAUAUAAUAACGAAUUUGGCGUCAAAUCUCUUGCCUUGGGCACAAUUGAAAUUCAUCCAUCGCUAUCAAUGUAUUUUAACAUAUUGCUACUUGGAAAGUCAUUUCAGGCCAUUGGUGAAUUGCAGCAAUCGCAAGCCGUGAGCGAAGCUGCGACAGUGGGAGAUUUCUUUAGUUAUUACGCUGCAAACGCUCACGAAACUCUAACAAACCGCCUCAGAAUAAUUUCCGAACAUGAUAAUGCGGUGAAGUCCACCAUAAUAGAUGAAGCAUUAGAAGAUCUGGAUGAAGCAAAAAAUUACGAGCAAACGCUUGAUGCACGCGCCAAACGCGUAACAAACAAUCUUCAUUUAGAGUUAAAAGUUUACGAAGAAAACCGUAACCAAGAUUUUCUUGUGGCGAUCAAAGAAUACGUCAAAAAACAGAUAACCUAUGAAAAGCAACUUCUGAAAGAAUUGGAAAACUUGAAACCUGAUAUCAGUGCUAUUACAAAAACAAACAUGAAGGUUCAUGCAUUUGGAGAGGAGGAAAUUACCCCACGUGUCGUCGCGGAGAAACUCAGCAUAAUGGCAGGAUAA